AUGUCGCAAGGCGUCGCGGUUCUUACAGACGAGCAACUCCGGGCUCUAAUCAUUACAGAGCGAGUCAACUCAUCCAUCUCCAUAUUUUCCAUUAUCUUCGUGGUGACAACCUACAUCUUUGUGCCGGGUUUCAACAAACCGAUCAACCGACUCAUCUUUUUUGCGAGUUUCGGUAAUCUAGGAUCUAAUGUGGCUGCGUUGAUAUCAGAAGCCGGCCCUCUGGCUGGGUCGGCGGCUCCGAUAUGCAAAUUCCAGGCCUUUCUGGUUCAGAUGUUCUUGGGGGUUGAUUGCUAUUGGGCGCUGUGUAUGGCUGUGAAUGUCUAUUUGGUAUUUUUCAGGGGCUAUACGGUGGACCAGUUGCGAUCUCUGGAUCGGGCAUAUCUUUUCAUAUGCUAUGGGCUAUCUUUCAUUCCCGCCUUUGUUUUUAUUUUCAUUAACACUAGGGAACGCGGCCCGGUAUAUGGACCGGCAAUUAUCUGGUGUUGGAUGCGUAUCGAAUGGGACUUUAUGCGGCUUAUCUUCCUAUACGCGAUUGUUUGGGUCGCCAUCUUACUCGCAAUCAUCAUAUAUGGCGGAGCUGCUAAAGUCAUCUGGGACAAGCGUGAGCACCUCGACGGUUUCUUGAAUCCGCUGAACGAAAACCCCUUUAUCAACACCGUCACAACAGAGGUGAUGAUCACCAGCGAGGAACGUCCAAUUGUCGACAAAGCUGCACAUGAAAUCCGAACUAUUGAAGAGUCGGCAACCCCGGAUAUUCGCAAUCCGUACUCUGUGGACGUCCAAGUCAGCAUUCAAACGGAUGGCAAGCGGCCUUUACCUUCGGCCUUGCGCAUGAGAAGUCUCACUCGACAGGUGGCUAAGCAUGAGACUAAUGCUGAAGCGUGGCUUUAUGCACGAGUUGCAUUCCUAUUCUUUCUCGCGCUGCUAGUCACUUGGGUCCCAAGCAGCGUGAAUCGAAUCUACGGAUGCAUUAAACCAAACUCGACGAACUUCAAACUCAACUACGCUGCCUCAUUUGUAUUUCCAUUACAAGCGUUCUGGAACGCAAUCGUGUACAUAAUAACCUCCCAGUCAGCAUUCCACAUGCUUCUUUCCCAUAUCCCUUUCAUAAAAAGAAGAUCGAAAUCAUCCACACCAUCGUCCUCCUCACCAUCAUCACCAUCAUCAGGCAACAACAACAAUUCUCGCAAGCGCGUCCCUUCGCCUUCUCCAUCCCAAAUCAAACUCACCAAACUCCGCGGCAGCCAUCACCAAAAAGAUCCCAUGGGCAAACCGCGAAGACUCAGGUCGAAUGAGCAUAUUUCGAGAUCUUCUUCUGUGGCUGAUUUUUCGACUACCACUGAAAAUGGUGAGGAGCAAGAAUUGCAGAAUCUUGACAGGCCCAGAUGGAGCAUUGAGUCUGCUGAUGGGAAGGGAUUCGGUAGGUAG